UUAAUAUAUUACAAAUAUUCAUUGUGGCUAGUUAACUGUUUCGGUAUUUCACUUACGACUUACAAAUGAAAUAAAUAUAUACGUCAUUUACAAAUGCUAACCUCUGACAACAUCAGCUAACAAUUAAGAAGUUGCCCUAAGACAAAUAUUGUGAAACUGGAAACUUGCGGAGCGCUGCUAAGAUCAUACAAGAUCCAAAGUCUGCGCCUUAAUCUAGUGGCGGCAGAGACAGAGAUAGACCUUUGCAUCGUGCUUCAUCAUCGCGGCUCUGACAUGCAUCUCCCGCCCCUCCCUCACUCUGUGACAGAGGGUCAGCUGGGGGGGGGGAAGAAGCAACAUUAAGGAUAUUCUCAAUGAACAGCAAUAACCCAGCGGGCUGCUGCCUCGGGAGAACACAGGGCGGAUUCCUUUUUCGCUGCGCCGAUCAACUUUUAUACAAGAUUUGAGAGACUGUUAAGUUAAAAGCAAUUACCAGCUGGACUAAACUCGUAGCGUUACUUUUAGUUAACGGGAAACGGGGCUCCCCAUACUAAGAGAGAGCGAUGUCCUGGAUGUGAGGUCGGUUCCUCUUGUAAUUUCCGUAUAUAGCUAUUUCGUGUAAUAAAAGUGGGAGAUGGCGACGUUUCACGUGGAGCCGGACAGCAAGCCUUGUUGAAAACUGCGCCAUGCUUCAUUUUCACACUUUUUUCUACUUAAUCAUGUCUGAACCGAAGUGAAACUUAACUAACGGUGUCAUUUUGGAUUUCGGCAAGCAAUCGGCACAUUUUCAGUUUCUAUUCAUAUUGCAUCCAAAGCGAUUGGAAGAUGACUUCAGUCUGGAAGAGGCUGCAGCGCGUCGGCAAGAAAGCGUCAAAGUUUCAGUUCGUGGCGUCUUACCAGGAGCUGGUGGUUGAGUGCACCAAGAAGUGGCAGCCGGACAAGCUGAGGGUGGUGUGGACCAGGAGAAACAGACGCAUCUGCUCAAAGCUCCAUGGAUGGCAGCCUGGGAUUAAGAACCCCUAUAGGGGCAUGGUGGUGUGGCCCGUUCCGGAAAACGUGGAUAUCACAGUCACGCUCUUCAAGGAUCCCCACGCUGAUCAGUUUGAAGACAAGGCCUGGACGUUCGUCAUCGAGAACGAGACGAAGGGCCACCGCAAGGUCCUGGCGUCGGUGGACGUGAACAUGAAGGAGUUUGCGAGCCCCACGCUCACCCAGACGGACCUGACGCUGAAGCUGAAGCCGCUGUCGGUGAAGGUGGUGGAGGCCACGCUGAAGCUGUCCCUGUCCUGUGUGUUCCUGCGUGAGGGCAAGGCCACGGACGAGGACAUGCAGAGCCUGGCCAGCCUGAUGAGUGUGAAGCCCACAGACAUUGGGAACCUGGACGAUUUCAAUGAGAGCGACGAGGAGGAGGACAAGAAGCCUGGAGCUGGGGUGGGCACGGCCGCUCCCCCGGCAGCUCCUCUACCUCCGGCUAGACGAUCUCGAGAGCAGGAGUUAAGACCUCCGGGUACGACAGACCCGUCCCUGAUAGCCCCUCACUCCACUCCUGGGCAGAAGGAUCAGCCCAGCAUUGACGUUGGCCCCUUACUGGCAGGCUCGGUGCCUAAUUGCUCGCUUCAGUCCAGACCCCCCCUGCCCAGGCCCCCAAAUCCCACCCCCCCGCCCAUCCCAGCUGCCCGCGCGCGGCACACCCAUGUGGCUGUUGCUGCCCAGCAGCCAGCACGCAUUCACCCCCCCGUCGGGGUAGUACGCGCCCACCCUCCAGCUCUGCCCAGAAUCUUCCAGUCAUCAGCUGCCUCAGUGCCCAUCACCUUUUCAUGUGUCCCUUCGGAACCCCAGGACCACCCUACCGUACGUGCGGUGGCCCCCUCUGGUGUGGUUACUCCUCAACCACCUGCACCGACUUUCUCUGAGCCUCCCUCCUCCUUUUCCCCCACCUCCACUUGUUCCCCAAGCCUCCGACCUGGAGGUGCAGAGCCCAACCCAGCUGCCCUUUCGAAUGUCUGCAAGCCUAAAAGUGGUAAUGCCACUAAUGUGGCACCCGCCCCUGUAGACCCCACUGCCCACAGCGCUCCCCAGCUCAUGGGAGACCCGGCUUCCUUCCCAGAGCGUGUGCCUGUCAGUGGCCCUCCCACAGUUACAGUCUCUCUUCCACCUUUCACUUCUCCCUCUGUCCCCUCACACCCCCUGCUCUCAGCAGUGUCCCCAGCUGCCUGGCAGAAUGACCCGAGGAGGCCCGGACCCGGCACCGCCCCCCCGUCUGAUCCCUCCCCAUUCCCCGUCCCCCUGCAAAGCAAACCGAACCUGGAGGCCUUGUGUGACCCUGCCUUGACCCCUUUCCUUUUGUCUACCCUGUCCCUCCCCUUGCCUCCCCCUGCAUUCUCUGACCCCCCUUCUGCCUUGUUGCCUAUCCUUCUUCCGGCUCUAGCCAUAGAACCUGCCCCCUGCUCCAUCCUAAAGUCCUCCUCCUUCUCUGCCCCAGAGUCUAUCCCCUGCUCCACCCCAGAGCCCGCCUCCUUCUCUGCCCCAGAACCUGCCCCCUGCUCCAUCCUAAAGUCCUCCUCCUUCUCUGCCCCAGAGUCUAUCCCCUGCUCCACCCCAGAGCCCGCCUUCUUCUCUGCCCCAGAACCUGCCCCCUGCUCCAUCCUAAAGUCCUCCUCCUUCUCUGCCCCAGAGUCUAUCCCCUGCUCCACCCCAGAGCCCGCCUCCUUCUCUGCCCCAGAACCUGCCCCCUGCUCCAUCCUAAAGUCCUCCUCCUUCUCUGCCCCAGAGUCUAUCCCCUGCUCCACCCCAGAGCCCGCCUCCUUCUCUGCCCCAGAACCUGCCCCCUGCUCCAUCCUAAAGUCCUCCUCCUUCUCUGCCCCAGAACCUGCCCCCUGCUCCAUCCUAAAGUCCUCCUCCUUCUCUGCCCCAGAGUCUAUCCCCUGCUCCACCCCAGAGCCCGCCUUCUUCUCUGCCCCAGAACCUGCCCCCUGCUCCAUCCUAAAGUCCUCCUCCUUCUCUGCCCCAGAGUCUAUCCCCUGCUCCACCCCAGAGCCCGUCUUCUUCUCUGCCCCAGAACCUGCCCCCUGCUCCAUCAUAAAGUCCUCCUCCUUCUCUGCCCCAGAGUCUAUCCCCUGCUCCACCCCAGAGCCCGUCUUCUUCUCUGCCCCAGAACCUGCCCCCUGCUCCAUCAUAAAGUCCUCCUCCUUCUCUGCCCCAGAGUCUAUCCCCUGCUCCACCCCAGAGCCCGCCUCCUUCUCUGCCCCAGAACCUGCCCCCUGCUCCAUCCUAAAGUCCUCCUCCUUCUCCGCCCCAGAGUCUAUCCCCUGCUCCACCCCAGAGCCCGCCUCCUUCUCUGCCCCAGAACCUGCCCCCUGCUCCAUCCUAAAGUCCUCCUCCUUCUCUGCCCCAGAGUCUAUCCCCUGCUCCACCCCAGAGCCCGCCUCCUUCUCUGCCCCAGAACCUGCCCCCUGCUCCAUCCUAAAGUCCUCCUCCUUCUCUGCCCCAGAGUCUAUCCCCUGCUCCACCCCAGAGCCCGCCUCCUUCUCUGCCCCAGAACCUGCCCCCUGCUCCAUCCUAAAGUCCUCCUCCUUCUCUGCCCCAGAACCUGCCCCCUGCUCCAUCCUAAAGUCCUCCUCCUUCUCUGCCCCAGAGUCUAUCCCCUGCUCCACCCCAGAGCCCGCCUUCUUCUCUGCCCCAGAACCUGCCCCCUGCUCCAUCCUAAAGUCCUCCUCCUUCUCUGCCCCAGAGUCUAUCCCCUGCUCCACCCCAGAGCCCGUCUUCUUCUCUGCCCCAGAACCUGCCCCCUGCUCCAUCAUAAAGUCCUCCUCCUUCUCUGCCCCAGAGUCUAUCCCCUGCUCCACCCCAGAGCCCGUCUUCUUCUCUGCCCCAGAACCUGCCCCCUGCUCCAUCAUAAAGUCCUCCUCCUUCUCUGCCCCAGAGUCUAUCCCCUGCUCCACCCCAGAGCCCGCCUCCUUCUCUGCCCCAGAACCUGCCCCCUGCUCCAUCCUAAAGUCCUCCUCCUUCUCCGCCCCAGAGUCUAUCCCCUGCUCCACCCCAGAGCCCGCCUCCUUCUCUGCCCCAGAACCUGCCCCCUGCUCCAUCCUAAAGUCCUCAUCCUUCUCUGCCCCAGAACCUGCCCCCUGCUCCAUCCUAAAGUCCUCCUCCUUCUCUGCCCCAGAGUCUAUCCCCUGCUCCACCCCAGAGCCCGCCUUCUUCUCUGCCCCAGAACCUGCCCCCUGCUCCAUCCUAAAGUCCUCCUCCUUCUCUGCCCCAGAGUCUAUCCCCUGCUCCACCCCAGAGCCCGUCUUCUUCUCUGCCCCAGAACCUGCCCCCUGCUCCAUCAUAAAGUCCUCCUCCUUCUCUGCCCCAGAGUCUAUCCCCUGCUCCACCCCAGAGCCCGUCUUCUUCUCUGCCCCAGAACCUGCCCCCUGCUCCAUCAUAAAGUCCUCCUCCUUCUCUGCCCCAGAGUCUAUCCCCUGCUCCACCCCAGAGCCCGCCUCCUUCUCUGCCCCAGAACCUGCCCCCUGCUCCAUCCUAAAGUCCUCCUCCUUCUCCGCCCCAGAGUCUAUCCCCAGCUCCACCCCAGAGCCCGCCUCCUUCUCUGCCCCAGAACCUGCCCCCUGCUCCAUCCUAAAGUCCUCAUCCUUCUCCAGCCCAGAGUUUAUCCCCUUCUCCACCACAGAGCCCGCCUCCUUCCCCACCCCAGAGCUCGCCCCCUGCUCCACCCGAGAGCAUGCCUCCUUCUCCACCCCAGAGUCUGCCUCCUACUCUAUCCCAAAACCCACCCCCUGCUCUGCCCCUUUCCCUGCUCUGCCAAUUCACUCUGAGUCAGCAUCUGUCCUCCGGAUCAGACUUAGCACUGUCCCCUCCUCCGUGCCCCUGCCAGCCCUCUCCCUUUCCACCAGCCUGCCUUCCUCCCAAGCCCCAGAGCGUCACAGGCAGCUGAACAUGGUGACUGAGGAGGGGGUCCCUGCUGUCUGCCCGACGGUCCCGGAGGAGCCGACUUCCCCCGUGAAAACGACACCCAAGCCCCUGAACAUCAGCCGGAAGGAAGACACCCCACGCUCCUCUCGCAGUGCCGGGAGUAUCAGCAUCGCCAAUCAGGUUCCGGUCCACGCUACUCUCAGCCCAGCACCGGUUACUAUGGGAACAGCCAGUCCUGAAGGUCUGGCGAGUCUUCCUCCUUCUUACUCAGCAGUAGUCAGGGAUUCUGACUCUUUGUCUGAGCCGGAUGAGACUGUUGUAGAAGAGAAGUUGGUAGAAACUCUUCCUGCCCCCUGGCCCUUCUCCUCCUCGGAGCCUCAGACUAUCCUGCCUGAGGAAUCAAACACUCCCACCCAAGAACUGCCCACCAAAAUCAAUGAACCUCUUGUGGAGGAAAAACCUCCUUCAGUCGAGGGAGACACUAGUUGUCGGAUGACUGCUGAGAAUGAGCCGACCGUCCUUCCUCCUGACAUGCCUCCACCAUCUCAAGAAGAGGCGGAAAAGCCACCCCUGGCUGAACUUGAGCCCAGCCUUGAGGAGACCUCUGUCCAGGUGCCCCAUCUCUCAGCUCAACAGCCACCCACAGCUGUAAUAAUCCCGGACGGCUUGUGUCUAGAGGUGAAAACCAGUGAGAAAGAGGAAUCAAGCUUGGUGCCUGUAACUGAAGCGUCAUGGGAGUCCAGUGAGGGAGCUCUAGGCGGGGGACCAGAGUGUGUGACUUCCAUCCUGGAGUCCACUCUGCCAGUCAAAGAGGUAAUGGACUCAGACAUACAUGCUACCCCGAGGAGCCUAGAGGCCAAGCUGCCCUCUUUCUCUCAGCCUCAUAUUUCUGAAAACGACACAGUGCUGAGCUCUCCCCAGGCCCGAGGGGAACUAUCUGUGCUGGCCAAGUUGGAAACAGCUGUGAACCAGGGCGCCGACGACGAGGCGUGGUUGGACACACAGCUGUCGAAGGAAGCCCUAGUUCAGGCAGAGUGUCCCAUAUGGGCCGCCCUGGAGGAGAAGGCUAGCACGCAAGGAUCAGAGCAGGUCUCUGCUUUGGAAGUAGAGAGUGAGCAGAGCAUUCCUGGAGAUGUGAGUGCGGAGGAACCUGCAGCAGGUUCCCUUCGGAGGGGCCUUGAAAAAGUUACCACUGUAUUUAAGCCGGUGGAGCCAGGGACACCGUUUGAAAGUGUGGUGAAUAGUGAGGUCAUCUCCAGGGGAGAUGGCGCCUGUAGUCCAUCCCCUCCAUCUCAGCACGAGCUUCAGUCACCUGAGGUCUUUGCCAGAGACAAGGCAGCUGAAUCAGUUCUGCAGACUCCGACAGGGGAAGAAGCCAACAAAGAUAUAACUACUGGAAACCCAGACAUCCUUACAGAGUUUCCAUCCGCUUCCAUGACUGAUACAGCCUACAGCUCCCUGGUGGAGUCCUUGUCCCAGUCAGACCAGCAUAGUCCGCUCGAAACAAGCGCAUUCGUGGACAUGGAGCUUAAUAAUGAGGGACAGGAAGCGUCUGCCAUGGACCGUCCGUCUUCCCCUGAUGCCGAGAGACCGCUGUGGGCUGCUCUUGAGGAGAAAGCCGUGGAGAAGGAGGAGGGAACCGUAGAUACAGCAGAGUCGAGGGACGGGGGCAGUCCAUUCACAGCACAGCCUCCCCUGAGUGACACCCAGGCGGCAAAGGGGCCAGGGGAGGCUCCUCUCACAGCUUCUGCCCAGGAUGGAGGAGCCAAGGAUACAGGCAUCAGUCGGCGUAGCUUAGCGGCAUGUGCUGCAGAGCUUCCAGCUCCACUGGAGCUCAUCAGUAGCCCUGCAGUGAGGGAUCUGGCCCAAGACGCUCAUUCCAACACGGGAAGAAGGUCGUCAUGGGCAGAGGUUACCACGGACCUCGAGGAGGGAGAUUACGGCAUAAAGCAAGACGGCACAGAUGAGCGGACAUCUACCACCGCUGCUGACGUAGCCCAAGCCGAAGGUCGGCUUCCUUCCCCGGAUGGAAGGAUCGAUGUGCGUGACUCAGAUGCCGGCACAAGAGGGGAGCCGGUGGAGGAGCAAGAUGCACCUGUGGGGCUGGUGAAGACUAUAGUGGGUGUUUUGCACAGAGGUUAUGAGACAGUGGCAGCUAUGUGGCAGCCAACCGAUGCAGGAACGGUCACCAACCGAGCAGAAAUUCCCAAGGAUACAGACCCAAAAGACCCCGGUUUCAGUCUGUCGCCCCCCUCGCCUCAACACGCGGCUGUCUGCGAUCCCGCAGAGGAGUUACAAAGCUUAAGCUGGGAACCACGGACAACCGGAGGAACCCCACUGACCGGUGAAUUAUCUCCUCACUCAAUCUCUAGCCAUGGAGCACAUCUCCCCGAAGUCAGUGAGCAACAGAGAAUGAGCCUGGUGGAAUGCCUGCGAUUGGCUGCCUUGGAGGAGAGCACCAAUGAGAAGACAGAGGAGCCAGUCCAAGCCGCUGAGGCAGUGAGCGAGAAAACGGCUGGGCGGGUGGCAGAGACAGACACGAUGCCUUUCUCAUUACCAACGAGGCAUGAAAAGGAAGGACAUGCAGACUCGGAAGGCUCGAGCCGUGGGAGAAAGCGUCCAGUGCUGAGAGAAGCAGGCCUGGAAGAUGCUAUGGGAGAGCAUCAGGAGGUGGAACGCAAAGAUGCUUCUCUCAUUAUUGACUCAAGUGAGGAAAAGCGUGUUCCGUCUCAGGAGGUUUUUGCACUGAAGGCUGCACUAGAGGAGAUGGAGUUUGAGGCAGGGCAGGAAGACAUGGGCACUGUGUGGUUGGCAUCGCUGUACAUGGACGGGGGCUCGGAGACAAUGUCUGCUACGCUGCCCACGUCAGGGGGGCUACAUGAAGGACAGGAACCGGUCCCUCAGGAAGUUAGUCUUGACAAUACCCACCAGAAGGUCAACCCAUUCCCCAAAGUGACCCCGCCUCGCCGUAGCAAAAAGAAAAACAACCUUCCCCCCCUUCAGGAAGUGGGCUCAACCAGGCCUGAUCCAGAAUCUACUCCUGCUAAAUUGGCUCCACCACGACGCACUAAGGAAAAAAACUCUCCACACCUAGUUUCCCAAGAGUCAGGACAUCAGAACAGGUCCACUCUGACUCCCACAGCAGCCAGUGAAUUGAUACCACCUCUGCACAUUCCAGCAUCACAGAGAUUUAUUGUAGGAGAUGAUCUGGAACUGCCUACCCCCACAUUGACUUCAGGUCAGCCAGAGAACAUGCACGUGACCCCCCAGGAGACCCUAGAUAUGGAGAAACAAGACACAUCAGCGGAGACUGCGUCAGAGUCAGACGUGUCCGUGAAAAGCUCCGUGGUUCCAUGGCCUCUUCCCGCCCCUCAGUCUCAGACCCAGCUGAGCGAGGCCAUCCUCCACACUGCUCACCAGUGCCCAAGCAGCGACAGCAAGCUCUCCAAAGAGGAAAGUCUGCUUCUGGCCAGGAUUCUGCAGACGGACCUGGAAGAAGAGCCGCCAGACGUGCCGGUGGCUGCUCCUCGCGUGAGAAAACUUUUGCGUGUCAAUCCUGACAGUUUAGCGCCUCCUCACGCUCCCUCUCCCUCUGACGCUGAGGUCCAGCUGCUUCCGGUCUCUGCCAGUGAGAAGGGGACUCCAGAUGCUACAUCCAAAGACCUGAAAGCGCAUCAGAGAAUGCCCUCUCUCCGGGGCAGCCCACGGGAUGUUGACACAGGUUGCACUAAACAGGACUCAGUUCCUGUACCAGACAUGAAUGACAGUUUGACAGAUGCACAGGCCAAGUUCAGCGCUGGUGACAGAGGCCUGGAUGAUAUGACACUGAGUGAAACUGUGGAGGACAAGAGAAACAAUGAGAGGGACCUGAAGUCCACACAGGAUCUGCUCUCCUCCACGUGGUUCCCACAAUCCCAAAGUGACGGUUCCGUCCCCUUAGUCCCCUCAGAUGUUAUUAAGGAAGCCACCCUCACUGGAGCAAAUAGACUGGAUAUUGGAGCAAAUGGGAAUUUCCCAUCGGUAGAUUCCGAUGUUUUCCUUGUAUCCAGUAGCAAUGUGUCCGAGGGGAGCGACGACCAGCCUGCUCUUACAGCCCCUCCUCCAACCCAGAAUGAGGGGUCAUUUUUGGCUGGGAUGGACUGGGGGACCAGCGAGAGGAACAGGGAGUCCGAAAUAGAAACGGGAGUCAUAGCAGUGAAAGAGGAAGUGACUCCAGGGGCGGGACCAGAGGAACUGGUUCUGUUUACUGUAGAUACAGCAUUUACUGCCCCUAAUGAUGGUUUCGAGGCGGAGCAGGCGAGGAAGCAACCCGUGACGGAGCCUGAUAGCCCCCAUCCUGUGGCAGCCGCCCCGGGCCCCGUCUCUGCCUGCCCCCAUCCUGUGGCAGCCGCCCCGGGCCCCGUCUCUGCCUGCCCCGAGCCUAGCAGCCAGUCCACAGCCAGACAGCAGGGGUCCCCCUCAACACCCAACGUGGUGGCACCCCAUCGAAAACGGAAAACCUCACCGCCCCCCGAUGUCCCCAAAGUGGCACCCACGCCGGUGUCAGAGACUUGUCAGAUGUCCAGCCUGCCGGCCAGUCCUGCUCUGGUGAACUCCAGCCAGUCGCUGCUGGAGUGGUGCCAGGAGAUCACCAAGCAGUACAAGGGGGUGAAGGUCACCAACUUCAGCACCUCCUGGCGAAACGGCCUGGCCUUCUGCGCCAUCCUGCACCACUUCCACCCGGACAAGGUGGACUAUGAGCAGCUGGAUCCAUAUGAUAUCAAAUUCAACAACAAGAAGGCCUUCGAUGGCUUUGCCAACCUCGGCAUCUCCCGUCUCCUGGAGCCGUCAGACAUGGUUCUGCUGACGGUGCCUGACCGCCUCAUUGUCAUGACGUACCUGUGCCAGAUCCGUGCCCAUUUCACCGGCCAGGAGCUCAGCGUGUUACAGAUCGAGAAGAACAGCAGCCAGACCAGCUACGCCGUCGGGGAUCCCAAAGGAAGCACGGACCUGGAUACCGCUGCCCGGUACUGUGUGCAGAAGCUGCAGGCGGGCGGGGUCUCGCUGGAGACCAAUGGGAAGGCUGCAGAGAAGGAGCGCGAGGGUGAGGGGAAGCCCAACGGAAACCUGGUGGCGCCCCCACGCGCCAGGCGUGUGUCGCGGCCGGACGAGAGCGGGGGCGGGGCUGCGAGCAGGCCGGAGGAGAAGCCGACGCAGACCCCCCAGCCCCCACCGCGAUCCCACGCCACCUCCAGGUCCAGUUUUAGCCAUGUGAGGGACGCUGACCUGGUGAAGAAGCACCGCUUGCGGCUAAAGAGCGAAUCCACGGAGGAGGCCGACUCAGCGGAGCAGCAGAGCGCCCCGCACGGCACCAGACGGGCCUCACAGGAGCAGGUGGUUGCUGAGGUGAAGAACGGCUCCGAGGCGGCUGCAGAGACCAGCCAAUCAGAGGUACCGAGAGUUCCCAUGGAGCAGGAGCAUGAGGAACACGGGCCUGAGGAGGAGCACCACCCCAGCAAGGAGCAGAACCCCAGCGAGGAGCAGACCCCCGGCGAGGAGGACAAUCUGCGUCUGCAGGACACCAGCCAGUAUGUCCUGAGCGAGAUCCAGGCUCUGGAGAGCGAGCAGAAGCACAUCGACAGCAGGGCUGCCGUGGUGGAGAAGAGGCUCAGGCGGCUGAUGGAGACGGGCAGCGACAGGGACGAGGAGGAGAAACUGAUCCAGGAGUGGUUCACGCUGGUGAACAAGAAGAACGCCCUCAUCAGGAGACAGGACCACCUGCAGCUCCUCCAGGAGGAGCAGGAUCUGGAGAGACGUUUCGACCUGUUAACCCGGGAGCUGAGAGCUAUGAUGGCCAUUGAAGAGUGGCAGAAGACUCAGGCCCAGCAGCACAGGGAGCAGCUGCUGCUGCAGGAGCUGGUGUCGCUGGUCAACCAGCGAGAUGAGCUGGUGCGCGAUAUGGACGCCAAGGAGCGGGGAGCCCUGGAGGAGGAUGAGAGGCUGGAGAGGGGACUGGAGCAGAGACGUAGGAAAUACAGCCGCAAGGAGAAGUGCGUGGUGCAGUGAGCGGGGCCAGGACCAGGAGGCGAGUGACCCGGACGAUGACGAGCAGGCCCACAAUUUAUACUCUCCUGCUGAGCUGAGGCAUUCUGGGAGAUAUGCCAAUUGUGACCAAUGAGCACAGCUCCGGGCUCUAAAACCGAAUCUGCUGGUUGCUCAAGGGUAACUUAACAUCCACUGCCAACUUUUUGUGAGGCUUGUUUGUGGUUUUUUCAUUUGCCAGUGGACAUUCUUUACGUGGAGAAUUGCUAAUAAGCCCCAGUAAGUUUUUAAAGGAGAAGAAAGAAAAUUCUGGCCAUUAGCUCUUUCCAAGGUCUACUAGGGGACUCGGAUAAGCGAUUCAUGUUCAGGCAAAACUGAGGACCUCGUAAUCUGGAACAGCAGCAUGUCGUACAUUGAGUGGAUCAGGCACAAUGUCUGGAGUCUUUACUGCUGGCUGCAGUGAUAUUUCUGCCAAAAAAGUAAUGUUUGUGAAACUGACCUGAAACUGGAGACAUCCAGCGAGCAAGGAAUGACUUAUACAUGGCUUUAGUCGAUUAGGUUCACUAUUUUCUCCAAGUGCCUUAAAAAGCCGCCUAUUCCUCAACUCAUGUGCUUUUCAUAAACCUUUGUUGUUGUAUCAGAGUGAAAUACAGAUUGGGACUGUCGAAUAUACGUCUAGAGGUGGAAAGUUCAGGUCCAGAAAGUACAAAUCCAGACCUAGAUUUUGUUUCAACCAACCAGUUCUCUUUAUAUUCAACUGGUUUGUUGAAACAUAACUUUGGCUGGAUUUUUACAUUCUGGACCUGAACUUUCCACUUCUGUAUAUAUCAGACCUUAAAGAAUCUUAUAGGCUAACUAGAAUUGAAUUGAAUAAGUUAAUACUGAUAUGUGGAAUCUGUGGAGUGACGCAGAUAUUAUGUGUGAACUACGCAGCAGUGUUUUUAAGGCCAUGUUUUUUGGGAGGUUUGUUUUAACUUAUUUUAUUUAUAUAUUACUAUAUAAGGGACCUCAGACAGAGCCUUCUUGUGGAAGUGGUGAAAAGCAAAGUGUAUUUACCUUGAUAUGAGCUCGCAUUUAUGACAAAUCCCAUAAUCCCCCUCAGAACAACUCAUGCUAUCCCAUUACAAUGGCUGUUAAAUGAAAGCAUUUAUAGUGAUUUAUAUCAGUGUUUCCCAACCUUUUUUGAAUUGUGUACCCCCUGAGAGAUUUUCUCAUACCACAAGUACCCCCUUUGUCAAAUGUGUUGAUGAUUCAAUAAAAGUAGAACGUACAACUGAUUAUCAAAUUUAAAACAUUUUAUUAAAUCUCCAUAACUUGAACAUUUAAUUCAUUAAGCAACACAUCCCAGAUAGAUUUUCUUUCUAUACCAGGGCACAGCUAAUGGAAUGGCUGAUAAUAUUUACCCAUCAUCAGGGAAAUUAAAUAUAAAAUUUUUUUCCACGUACCCCCUGUAAUGUGCUCGCGUACCACUAGGGGUACGCGUACCCCCGGUUGGGAAUCACUGAUUUAUAUAGUGAACCAAGCUGUGCCUCCCCCAUGCCCCUUCUCUCUUGUCACCAAACAGAUGCUAAUCAGGUUAAUUCCCAUUGGUCAUAGCCCUUGAAUUCAGCCCCACCCCCCCCUGCUGUCAUUGGUUGUCAUUAUAUGAAGGGUCUUUUAUGUGAAAGUUAGAGCGAACAGACUUUCAGAACUUCCAUCUCCGGUACUUUGGCAGCGUGAAGCUUGUCGGAAGCUCGGGGUGAGAGUCAUGAAUCUUGUACCACUUUGUUAUUAUUACAUUUCAUGUGUUGGCAUAUAAUUGUGGUUUUCUGUUCUCCAAAAUACUGCCUUGCAGUGUAUAUGUAUUUGCAGUUUCAGCCGUUACAAGCACCACCUUAAAAGACAAUGAAAACCCCAUAAAACCUCAAACAUUAUAUUAAAAUAGACUAGGGACCCACUGAACAAGUCUGUUUAACAGAAAAGGGCUAUUUAAGAAUGCUUUAAACACAUAUUUGCUUACUUUUUUUAUCUCUCUCAUUCGGAGUGCUCUUUUAAAGUGGUACGUGCUUGCAUGUAUACAAUUCAACAAAUCAUUCGACUUCCUUAAAUGUAUUUGCACUGAAACUGUGUCUGUAAUUUUGCAUGAGGAAUAAAGCCAUUUGGAGGUUCUUUUAUUCGGAA